AAAAUGGCGGACGACGAUGGAUUCCGAGUGGUAAAGAAAAGUAAAGGUCGCAAACACAGGAAUAACAGAGAUAAAAACGGAUCUUUUGUGAAAUCUCGGAACAUCUCGACCUCCUAUGAUUCAGAAAAGUGCGAUGUAAAUGAGUUAAAAACGAAAAUCGAGAAAUGCAGGGAAGAAAUUUUCGGGAGUGAGUUUCUUUUAAAUGUUCAAGAACUACUUUGUGAUGGUCAUUAUAAGAAGAAGUCCUGUUGUCCAGCUGAGUCUGCUGUUGGACCAGAUAACAAAUUUAAAGUCAUCCCAGAAGAACCUGUUACUGAUAUUGUUUGUUAUGGAAUUGGAAAACUAUCUUCAUGUCCUAUAGCUAGAUAUCAGUUUGCCUUUUUGCUGUUAUUGAAAGAGUUGUUAAAGAUUAGUGGAUUGUGUUUUGUCUAUGAACCUCAUUUUUCUCAAGAUGACAAAGCAGUUGUUGAAGAGUUGGGAUGUUCUCUUAUUGAUCACAAUGAGGAAGGAAAGAGGAGGGUAGAAAACUUAACUCUUUUUUUCAUGCUUCAUUGUGGUAAACCCCUUUACAACAGUGUUCUUUGGGCUAACUGGGGUCUGGGGCUAUCCAAUGUUAUCAUUCUUGGGAACAGAUUUACAAGCUAUCAAGAAAGAAUACCCUCCAGAAAGCUAAGAGAAGAAGCAUCAUAUAUUUACAAUAUACUUCCGUAUACAAGUGAGACACCAAUUCCUAACACUUUUCAUCACAGUGAUAUCUUCAAUGACUCUGGAAUCCAUUGGUUUCCCAGGGAAGUGCUGGCAACAGUACCAGAAACAUUAUGGAAGGAUUGCGCUGAACCAGUGUACUGUGAAGAUGACCCUGAAAUUGUGACAUCUGAUGUAAACAUUUCUGUUUCAUAGCCAUUUUAAGAGUUUUUUAAAAUAGUUUGUCUGAAAUUUCUCUUAUACUAAUAAUAAUUCCAGAAAUUCCUCCCCUCCUUCCAUGCUAAUGAAACAAACAACAUUAUCGUGAGACCUUUAGUUACCUCAACCAGAACUUUACAACAGGCAUAGGCUGUCUUUACGCUAACUUAAAUUUGUGUUCUCGUGCCGUAAUUAUCGGUUUUUACAAGGUUUUUCGUUAUAUAUUUUUUUUUAUGCCUCAACAUCAAAUGCACAUUACUAUGAAUACAUUUAGUGGACAAUGAAGCAAAGUUCCACCCUA